AUGAAGAUGCGAGGCAUGCGCUUUGCAGCCAAUGGGGGCAUCAUGCCUGUGGAGAUGCAUGGUCCUAUGGACUAUGAGAGCUGGCGUGAGUGCUAUGUGGUAUUCCGCACGGGAGCCAUCAUGCUGGAGGAAAUGUCACCCUCCAGACUCGACAACUAUGAGAAGUUAGUGAGACGAUACUCCGAACGAUAUGGCAAACAAUGCUGGCCAAUCAUCUACCAGGCUGAUGUCCGUGCAAGGCUGGAACAAGUGGAGCGCAUUCGCAGACGUGGACAGGAGGCCUAUGACAAUGCCCGCAGGGCCGGGCUCACACACUCCUUUGACCCAGCGAAACCAGAGUGGUGCUAUGAUGAGCUGAUUCAUGACGUCAACUUUUGGACCAAGGAAGUUGCAGAACCAUGCCUGCUCUACCUGGCGAAGGGCGCCCAACUCUCACAGCUUGUUGAGAAUGACGCACCCAUCGACAAAUCCAGUGGCUCAACACCCACAGCACCACCUCCUCCGAGACGGCAGAUAGAUAUCCCUGACCGACCUGCCAAGAGGCAACGUGGCCCAGAUGUCCGUGAGCACCGUCUAGAUGGUUUGUUCACCCACAAUCGAAGAGGAGUGGAGCUAUGCAGAAUGUUUCAAUCAGGUGAAUGCACCGAAAAGGACGCCAGAGGCAACUGCGGCCGCAACCCUAGCCGUAGACAUCAGUGCGCCAAAUGCCUAUCCGACAGACAUGGUGCUGACAAGUGCAGUGGAGAUGCUCCCAGCUCGCCCAAACCAUCGAAAGGGCCGGUGAAAAGGGAGCAAGGGAAAGUGACCGCAGAUGAGCCCUGGCUUGGCUUCAAGUGUGACGAAUUCGACAUUGUCGAUGGUACAAGCGGCGACCUUGCAAGCGAUGCAGUAUGGAACUCAGUACUCACAGACAUUAGAGCUGGCAAGUAUUUGGGCGUGUUGGGAGGACCACCAUGCAACACGUUCUCUAGAGCACGAAGAAAGGCAAAUGGUCGAGGACCCCGACCGUUGAGAGGAUCAAGUGGCCCAGACCGCUACGGCCUAGCUGGACUGACGAUCAAAGAAAAGGAACAGGUCCGACUAGACACCCUCUUGGCACAGCGAGCGGCAGAUGCGAUGAGAGAGUUCUUGCAGUUAGGCAAGGAGUGGCACGUCCCUGCCAAGGAGUGGAGUCCGAGCAUGCUGUUGAACCCCGAGGAGAUCAGACGACAACAGCAGCACCUGCCAUAUCUAACAAGUGCGGCGCAGGCCUAUCCAGGAGACCUCAACAAGGCCCUAGCAGAAGCCGUGGUAUCAAGCUGGAACAAGUCGAAGCCCGGCUCCGCGCCGUCGAACGAUCCUGCUACAGAGCCUACGACUACCGAGGAACGAUACCAGGAGUGGCACAAAAUGGGCAAAUGGGCCUAUGUGCUCUUGAGAAGCAAAAAGACUGCUCAACCAGUGCCAAAGGCCCAGCUGCAUCCGUCUUAA